AUGACAUCUGAAGACAUAAUGAUAAUUGAUGAAACAUCGUCUUCCUCCUCACCCACUUCAACAUCGAAUGAAUUUCCAUCAUCACAAUCUAAUUCAGUAAAACCUACAAUUACUGAAACAAAAUCCAAUAAACGAAAAGUAAUGUUGGUUAUUGAUGGUUUUAAUUAUCAAUUUAAAAAUUUCAACAAAGAUAAAAGUAUUAAAUUUUGGCGCUGUGCAAAAAGAAGUUGUAGUGUACUCUUGCAUACGACCCUUCGGAAUGAAUUUUUACGUUAUUCAGGAAAAAUAACUCGUCAUUCACAUUUACCAAAUCCAGCUGAAGCUGAAGUACGAAAUCUGAGAGAAGCAAUGCGAAAAAGAGCUGAAAAAGAAAUAUUACCAGCACAACAGAUCGCUGAACAAGAGGUACGCCAGGCUUUACUGACAGAUGAAGCUCGAGCUGUUUUACCUAAUAUUAUUCAUCUUGGUCAUAACUUGAUACAAUAUCGUCGUAAAAUGACUCCUUCACUUCCACAAUCAUCUUCUUUUUUUAUUCCAGAAUCAUAUACAAAAGAUUAUCAUAAUAAUACACGAUUAUUAUUACAUGAUAGUGAUGAUUCCAAAUUCCAAAUUGAUUCAUUAGGUGAUCUACGAUCUGAAGGAAGAGUUUUGAUCUGGUCAUCGGAUAUUCAAUUGAAUUUAUUAUUUGAUAGUCAACGACUCCAUAUGGAUGGUACGUUUUCUAGUUCACCACCAAACUUUGAUCAAGUAUUUAUCAUUCAGGCAAUUGUUCAUGGUACAUGUGUGCCGGUAGUAUAUGCACUGCUACCUGAUCGUAAAAGUCUUUAUAGAAAUGUUCAAUCACACGGUUUAUCAUCAGCUUAUUUAGAUAAUAUCAUGAUACGUAGUGUUAUUCGUCAAAUGAUGGCAUUAGCAUUAGUACCUGAGCAAUAUAUUUCAUUAUUAUUUGAUAAUCUUGGAAAAUAUUUAAAUGAUUCUGAACGUGAUGAUUUGUCUCCUAUAUUCGAACAUUUCAAGAAUUAUUGGAUGCGUCAAAUUUCGAUGUGGAAUGUUGCUGAUAUUCCGGAAAAAACUGAUAAUUUUAGUGAAGGUAUGUACAAACAAUAUAUCAGUUGUAAUUUGUAACUAACAUUGUCACAUAUUUUUAGGAUAUAAUAAUAGGUUCAAGAGACGUUUAGAAAAAACCCAUACCAACAUAUGGCAUUUUAUCGAUUCAAUUCGAAAAGAAGUAAACACGAUCCAUGAUAUAAUUACUCAAAUAAAUGUUGAAAUGGGUCCUCAUACAAAACGUUUAAAGUCCAGAAUUACUGAACAACGAACAAAAGAAUUAUAUGAUCGAUUUAACAAUAACCAAAUCACGGUACAGGAAUUAUUACAUGGACUUUCUUUUUUUGUUGCAAAUGAAUAAUAUAACAAAAUUUUAAACGUUCUUAUUAAAUCAAUCCCAUUAUUAACAUGUUUACCAAGCAUAGUUCAUUUUUUAUUGAAAGGACAUUGUUAUAGUGACUUAAUCGAGGUCGUUUAUAUACAUACAUCACUUUCGAUAUCAUCUCUUUACUUUUCUAUUGUUUUCUUUCUAUUCGUGUUAUGCUCUUUUUUUCGUUAUAUACGUUUCAUCUGAUAUAAUUUCAUCAUCUAUGUUUCUGACCUUGACAACCUUUAUUUCUAUUCUGUUCUGUAAACAUAUAUAUACUGAUGUUUUUAUUCAUAAAUAAACAUUCCUCUUUUGAAGAGGACCAUGUGACUAAAGCCCAUUUCCUAAGGAACAUUUUUGCGAGGAGGCAAAGUCGGGAAAAUUUCGUCAAGGAUAUUUUACCGAGGACAUUCUUGACUGUAUUCUUCUUUAGUGUCAAUAUACUAAUAGAGUAUUAGCUAGGUGAAAUUUUUUUAGCAGAAUAUAUUCUUAAAACAAUCUAUUUUCUCGAAAUCUUGUAGAGGAUUUUUGAGUUUGUCACUAUAUAAAAUCCUUUAUAGGUUUCCAAAUAUGGGUUUUCGAGCUUCCGAAAACUUAUCUGAAAUCUUAAAAAGCCAUCAACAACAGUGAUCUUUCCGAAAAUGCAUUGAAGAUUUCCGCUGCUUCGCGAAUCCUUAAUACAUUUCCCACAAUACUAAAAAAACGGGUAUCACGAUGAACCUUUAGGAGUUUUAGAUAUGUAUACCAUUUUCAUAAUCUAUAAAGGUUCCAGUAUAAUCUAGUUUUAUGUCGAGCUGCUUCGUUCUCCAUUAAAGGAUCGCUGGUUCACAGGUGAUAAUAGUCCAUAUAGCAUACAAAACACAGCGUCUUUCAUAUAAUACACACUUUUCUUGAGAACUUCAGUUAUCAAAAUAAUGCUAUAAAUCCCAUACCGCCCAUAACCAGUCAUAUGAUAGCUAAAAGCUAACAGUUAUGACAUUCAUCAUAAUUGCUCUAAUACACGCUUCUUACCAGUUGGAAAAAAUUACAUAUACUCGUCCUUGAUCAAUUAUUCAGCAUUUCUUUUUCGAAAUCUUCAUAAAAGUCAACACGAAAAAAAACGUUGCAGUAGCAAACUACAUAAUCAAACAUCAAUUCACACAAACCUAAAGCAG